ACCGUAUUUUUCGCUCAAUAUGACGCACCUGACCAUAAGACGUGUCUAGGUUUUAGAGGAGAAAAACAAGAAAAAAGAUAUUCUGAACCAAUGAACUGCAGACACAGUACAGGAGAUGACCAGAGACUGCGGACACAGUACAGGAGAUGACCAGAGACUGCGGACACAGUACAGGAGAUGACCAGAGACUGCGGACACAGUACAGGAGAUGACCAGAGACUGCGGACACAGUACAGGAGAUGACCAGAGACUGCGGACACAGUACAG